AUACAAUAUUGACAUUGACAGAUAAAUUGCAGAAGAGUCUGGUUAUGUUGUGAAGUUAAACAUUGAGAAGAAAUUUAAUGUUUUGGGUUAAAAUGAGUAUAUUCAAUAUAACUUACAAUUAAAGAUUAUAGAAAAGACAUUAGGCUGUUAUAAAAAUUUUAUUAACAAUGCAGAAUAAUAAUAGAGAACGUGAAACGAAUCAUUCAAGCUCUUCUAGUCAUCCUCAUUCUACUGUAAUGAAUAUGAGGGAUAAAGAAAGAUAUAUUGAGGAUUUUAACUUUCCUUACUGCGAUUUAACUUUUAAAUACGAAAAAGUUGCCAAAAUAGGUCAAGGAACAUUCGGGGAAGUAUUUAAAGCUAGAGAUAAAAGUAACCCUAAGAAAUUUGUAGCUAUGAAGAAAGUUCUAAUGGAUAACGAAAAAGAGGGGUUUCCUAUUACUGCUUUACGUGAAAUAAGAAUCCUUCAGCUUCUUAAACAUGAAAAUGUUGUAAAUCUCAUAGAAAUCUGCCGAACUCAAGCAUCACAGCACAAUAGAUAUAGAUCAACAUUUUACUUAGUUUUUGAUUUCUGCGAACAUGAUUUAGCUGGUUUAUUAUCAAAUGUUAAUGUUAAAUUCAGUUUAGGUGAGAUUAAAAAAGUAGUUCAGCAACUAUUAAAUGGACUUUACUAUAUCCAUAGCAAUAAAAUACUCCAUAGGGACAUGAAAGCAGCUAAUGUGUUAAUAACCAAAAAUGGGGUUUUAAAAUUAGCUGAUUUUGGGUUAGCAAGGGCUUUUAGUACUAAUAAAAAUGGCAUGCCAAAUAGGUUUACAAAUCGUGUUGUAACACUAUGGUAUAGACCACCGGAGUUGCUUCUAGGAGAAAGAAAUUAUGGUCCUCCUGUAGAUCUCUGGGGAGCUGGUUGUAUAAUGGCCGAAAUGUGGACUCGAUCCCCUAUUAUGCAAGGAAAUAGCGAACAACAGCAACUAACACUAAUUUCACAACUUUGUGGUUCAAUAACUCCGCUAGUUUGGCCCGGAGUUGAGAAUUUAGAGUUGUAUAAAAAAAUGGAACUACCACAGAAACAAAAGAGGAAAGUAAAAGAGCGUCUCACUCCUUACCUAAAAGAUCCGUAUGCUUGUGAUCUUUUGGACAAACUCCUGGUGUUAGAUCCAUCUAAGAGAGCCGAUUCAGACACUGCCCUUAAUCAUGACUUUUUCUGGACUGAUCCAAUGCCCUGUGAUUUAGGUAAAAUGUUGGCGAAUCAUACACAGAGUAUGUUUGAAUUUUUAGCACCACCAAGGAGGGCUACACAGAUGAGACAUCAUUCAAUGCCAAGGCCCACCAGUUCUGCUGUGCAAGACAGCGGCUAUCAAGACAGAGUUUUUUAAUAACCCAAUAAAUUUAUUCGUGAAAGCGGAUAAUUAUAUAACAAUGAUUGCAUAUUCGAAUUGAUCAAUGAUUUUUUUCCUGGUAAAUACAUUUGAAUUAAUUUUAUGUUUAGUUGUAUAUAAGGUCUUCUGAAACGAUUUAUAUUAUUGAGCUCUUCCGAAAUGCAGAAAUUUAGUUGAUCAUAUAAUUUUCCACCAUCAUAAUCCAAUAGAAGGUUCAUUUCUCCUUCUGAUGCCGACAUGUUAUACACUUUAGUAAAUAAGUCGAAACAACAUACCCAAUUAUAGAGGUACAAAUUUAAAAAAGACUAAAAACCAAAUUACAUUUAACUAGAUGUAAAAAGUACCAUGAUUUUUUAUAAAAAAAAAGUGAGUCUUAAUAAUAGACUUUUAUGGGUCCCAUUUAACCAGAUUUCACUGUAUUUUUAUAAAUAAUUCAUUUCUAAUGAUUUAUGUGCAAUUUUAUUUUGCUGUAUUCAUUUGUAUGUUUACAAGUCUUCAUUAUGUAUCAGUACUUAUCAAAUUUUCUGCCUUGUAUUUAUUAGAACGAUUCAAUUAUUGUAGAAUAUAAAUAAUUGAUAUUUUUACAAUAAUUUUUGUACAUAUUUUUUCUUAAUGUAAAUCACAUUUUUCGGUAAAAUUACUGAUAGAAAAAGUGAUAUUGUCAAAAAUUGUUGAUAUUUAAACUACAAGAAAAUAAAUUCGUUUUUAUAAAAA